AUGACGGAAGACCUAAAAAGACAUAAUCUUGGGCAAUUCAUCCCGCGGGAAGGCUUUAUAUAUAGAGUGUCGAAGGGCGGUCGUGUUUGUGCUCGUCGCAACUACGACUACAAAAUCACCCUGACUCUCAUGACCCACGCGGUGCUGAAGAAGGAAGUGGUCGAGGCGCUGCUCGCGCGCAUCUUUAUAGGCGCCGCCUACAUCGCACGAGAGCACAAGAACGACUUCUUCGACAUCGUCGACGCGGCCCAGAGGCACUGCCCCUGGACUAAAGACCUACCGCAGCCCGUCAUGAUUGAUCUCGUCCGCGAGCUGUUUGACAGUCGUGCCCGCUGGCACCAACACAAUCAGGUCCCAUUUGACAUUGCCGAGCAUGGAGAGUUGGCCAAGGCCAUCGAUGCUCUGGCCAAGAUCGUAGGACCGGCGUGGACUACCGGCGUCGAGGAGCUAUAUGAUCUUGCCGGUGGCUACUUGGAUUACGACGCCGACAAAGACAUGGUCCUGGGAAACACUCUCGAUACCAGGCCACUGAUUAAAACGGCACAGUCGGCCUAUACCGAGGAACAAGGUACCACCCAUGCCUGUGCAUGCUUCGGCCAGUUCUUGAUGCCCGCAAAGAUCACGGACAAAGUUCCGGCGAAGGAGGCGGGUGAUGAUGGAGACGUGGAAAUGGGCGGCGUUUAA